AUGGCGCAUGCACCCAUCAACGAAGGCGUACCAGCUCCAGGCAACUCAGACGCGCCACUCCGAACUCAGCUCCUGUCGAACCUGACCACCCAAACGCACCUCCUCUCCACCCUCUUCACCCUUCUCGCCUCCCCUCCCCCCUCUUCCUCUGCAUCCAGCGAAACGAUCCAGACGCUCUACUCUAGUCUUCUUCACUCGACGUAUGAUCUCGAAGGGCUAGUGGACGAGGCGUACGCGCACCAAGAGGCCUAUGCGCGUCUGAUGGCGCUCAAGGAAGAGGCGAAGGGGUUGGAGGGGGAAGUAAGGGGAGCAUUGAGGGCUUUGGAAGGUGGGGUGGGGGAGCUGGAGGGAAUGGUGAGGGAGGGGAGGAAGGUCAGGGAGAGUAUUGAACGGUCAGAGAAUGAACCCCUCUCCUCCUCGACUCUGCUAGCUACCGCCCAGAACCUCGCCUCUCACUCCUCUGCGCCUAUCUCUGCUCUCUUAGCCCCGCAGGACCAAGCGCAGUAUAUGCCCUGGCCAACGGAGGGUGCGAUGCGCGCGGGGUUGUUGUUCAUGAUGGGAGGGAGUAUGAGUGGGGUUGGGGAUCUUGGGAAGAUUGGGGAUGAAAUCGUCGACGCGAGCAAGAUGGACGUUGAUCCCGUUCAACCUCAACAUCAGGCGGUCCACGAGGAGGAUACUCGGCGGUAUGACCCCAAUGCCGUCUUCCAGCUCGAACUCAACUCGGACUCGGAAGAGGACGACUGA